AUGCCUUCGAAUCUCAGGCCAAAGCAGGGGAGAAAUAGAUCCAAGAACCGGACUUUCCUCCAUGGAGCACGUUGGAAGAUAGCAGUUGCUGAUAGCCGGUACAGAAGAAAGAAUCCUGCCCUCAGGGUGUAUCCAGGAGCUCCGGGUUCUGGCCAGAGGGUCAACAUGGCGGCUGGCCCUCAGUUUGGCUUCUGUUCUGCAGUACGUCAGUGUUUGCAAAAUAUGUGGGCCCACAGGCACUUGGGCCUGUUUUUGCUUUUGCUCUGGACUCUGGUGAUCCUGUUCUAUCUUGUGAGCACUGAUUCUGUGUCUCCAAAAGAGAAAUUGCAAAGGCACAGUAAAGCUCCAGAACGUGGAUCCAACUGGGAAUUUCUGUUGAACUUUUUCUUUCCAACAAGAACUGACAUAGCGAAAGCAUGCAUCAUAAGGGAGAAUCAGGAGGUAGUGGCUUGUAAUAAGCAGCCGUAUCUUAGCAAGACUGAAUGUUUAAGAUUCAAGUGCUGCUUUUCAUCAUCUGGGACCAAAAUGAGGUGCUACGCCCCACUAAGAGAUAAGCCCACACAGAUGCUCCGGGUGUUUGGAUUCGCUGUGACCAGCAUGAUAAUCCUGGGAUUUCUUCCUAUGUAUUGCUGCUCUCUUUGCCAGAGGAGAUCCCCACCCACUGAAGCAGAAUGGGUGUGA